GACCAGACUUGCACAGUAUCGCAGUGACAUGGAUCUACAGACAGCGCAUGGAAAGUUUCCAUUUAUCACAGUCUGGGAUGACCACGAGAUCGCCAACAACAAUUGGCGGGAUGGUUCCAGCACAAUGAACAACACCGAGGAGUCAUUCAAUGAGUUUGGUGGCAUCUCAUUCGACCAGCGAAAAAUGAAUGCGGUUCGAGCUUAUUUUGAGUGGAUGCCUCUACGCCAAAUUGACAUGGACGACAAUCUUCGCAUCUGGCGAAGCUUCCAGCUGGGUAAGUUACUUGAUCUUGUCAUGCUCGAUACGCGCAGCUAUGACCGAAGCAUCACUCGUGUUGGAUGGAAUGACGAAUACGUAUACAAGAUCUCUAACGAUGCUGGCCGUUCGAUAAUGGGUUCACAUCAAGAGAACUGGUUCUUCCGCCAACUAUCUGAGUCCAAAGCUCGAGGCGCGGCAUGGCGUGUCAUCGGCAACCAAAUGAUCUUUUCCCACAUCAACAGGACCGGGGAAGGUGAACGCGACAUUCCUGUUGACGUAGAUGCCUGGGACGGAUACGUUGCAAGCCGAAACCGCACACUUCAACACCUUUACAGUAAUAAUAUCGACAAUACCAUCAUGCUGGCUGGUGACUCUCACCAAAACUGGGUGUCUGAUCUAGUUUGGCUUGAUAGCAUCGAGUACAAUCCUGCAACAGGCGCUGGAGCUAUUGGUGUCGAGUUCGCAGUGACCGGGACGACCAGUAAUGGGCUCGAUGGGCCUAUUGCAGAGACUGAACGGAUUAGCGAGGCUUUCGUGCGCGACAACGAAGAACUCCUUUGGCAAGAAGGAUACUAUCGUGGAUACACUGAGUUGCACAUUUCCCCUGAAAAGAUCGAAUCUCAGUAUUGGGGCUGUCCAACGAUCGCAAAUCGUAACGCGUUUGAGAUCUCCCUGGCAAACUUCACGGUUAAUGCUGGAGACAAUCACGUCGCGCGUCCCGUUGCCGAUGGUGUAGUCGAAGCGGGAGCUAUUGCAGAAGGCCACGGUGAGGUCCGGGCUACCAAUCUAACCAAGGAUCUAGAGACCGGCGAGUGGUCGAUCCAUGCUUUCGACACCAUGUUCUUGGAGUGGGCGUUGGAGUGGUGAGGGGUACAUUGAUGUUGGAGCAGCUAAAAUAAUACGUGCGAUGGAGUUCCUGGCUCGAUUAUCGUGUUGGGCAAAAACGAUUGAACGUUGGUUGGGUGCUUCAUGCAGCGACACCAACCUCUCACAUCCUUCACCCUUCCCCUUACCCCCCACCCCCCCAGCACAACCACCAUCACAGGGGCAAAAACGAAGGGCUUGCAUCGGCCGGGAAUCGAACCCGGGGCUAGCCGAAACUGUGCAGUCACUGUGAAGUGAAAUGGCAACGGCUAAUUUUACCACUAAACCACCGAUGCGGUCAGUCUGGUUAUAACUUAUAUGAGA